AGUAAACUAAAGUUGGCUGAAGUGUAUCAUCCCAAACACCCACAAAACAGGGGAAGUACUGAGCACAACAGCUGGGGGAGCGUGGAUUACACAAGGUUGGGGUUUUAUUUUUAUUUACUAUAUGUUCUGCAAAUGAGGAGGUGGACAGAGGAGGAAGGACUGGUGUAAAACUCUUCAGCUUCAUCAACCUCCAUGAAGCAAGACUAGACAAAGGAAAUGAGAAAGUACUCCCCGAAAGCAGGAACUGAUAAGACAGAGUUCGACCGACAUACAUUUCAAAGGGGAGGGCUGUUUUUUUUGUGGUUGCUAGUCUGACACAGAAUCUGGAAACUUGGGUUUCCGUAACGUCACUUCACUGCUGUGCAGAGUAGAGGAGGGACUUGGUUCUCUCUAGCGCUCCUUGCUUUGCUUUCUCUCUUUUUGUUGCUUCUUCUAGUUAUCACUCUGCCGCAGGAGAGUUGGCUGGGCUCUAGAGCUGAUCUGGACUCCUAGUCCUGUGGUCAAUGACUUGAGGAUUUGCACCUCAGUUUGUGGCUGUCUUGCUCAGAAGAGCAGUACAUGUGGGCAGAGAGGGUGAUUCAUCUUCAAAAGGACUGCAAUGCAUGAGGGGGAAACAAGAGAUUUGCACGAAACAGUUCACCACUUCCUGACAUGCUCCUGUGAUGUGUCUGCGGAGAGACCCAGUGACGUGUUAGACACCAACGUAUGUUUGAGCUACUCGUCUUCACUUCACCAAUCAGCAAUGGCGUCCUCCUCCAACUCCAGCUGCGUGGUCAAUGACAACAUGGAGCCCUUUGCUGCCAUGUACAUUGUGAUCUUCCUGGUAGGGAUGGCUGGGAGUCUGGUGUCCCUCUGGGCCUUCAUCCGCGGCCGAGCCACCAAAAAGUGCAUGAGCGUCUAUCUCAUCAACCUGCUGACCUCCGACUUCCUGCUCAUGCUCGCCCUUCCGUUCAAGAUCGCCAAGGACCUGGGCGUGGACUCGGUGCCGUUCAGCGUCUUCCAGUGCCAGUGCAGUAGCGUGCUCAUCUACAUCAACAUGUACGCCUCCAUCACCUUCCUGGCCUUUGUGAGCAUGAACCGCUACCUGCAGAUCACCCAGAGCUCCCGUCUGCUCCACCUGCAGGAGCCGUGUUUCGCUGGCGUCAUGUCCGCCGUGGUCUGGCUCCUGGUGCUCUUCAUCAACGUGCCCAACAUGGCCAUCCCGAUCGAGGAGAAGCUCCCCGAAGCGCCCUUCGGCUGCGCCGACCUGAAGACCCAGCUCGGGAAGCACUGGCACCUCCUGUCCGUCUUCCUGGGCAUGGCCAUCUUCCUCAACGCCUCGGCCGCGCUGUUCCUCUCCAACGGCCUGGUGCUGAAGCAGCUCUGGGGCCGGCGUCACGCCGAGCCGGCCGAGCGCGCCAGCGUGCGCCAGGCCACCGUCAGCAUCGCCACGGUCACCGGGGCCUACGUGCUCUGCUUCGUGCCGUACCACGCCGUGCGCAUGCCCUACACCUUCACCCAGACCAACUUCAUCGAGGACUGCGAGCUCCAUCGCUCUCUCUUCCUUGCCAAGGAGUCCACGCUCUUGCUGGCCAUACUGCACCUGUGCUUCGACCCCGUCCUCUACUUCUACCUGUCCAGCUCGGUCAGGUUAAAAGUCACCGGGGUGCUCUCGAGCAUGAGGAGCCGCGCCGGGGACAAAGAGAUGGCACCUGCCCCUGAACUAGAGCAGAAGCUGGAGCCAUGAGAGAGAGAGAGAGAGAGAGAGAGAGAGAGAGAGAGAGAGAGAGAGAGAGAGAGAGAGAGAGAGAGAGGAAGAUGUGAUGAUAGCAUAUGUCUGUAAGAAAGGGUUUAUGGUUUGUUUUUUUUUGCUUUUACAUAACUUAACCCUAACCCUAACCCUAACCAUCAAGAUGGCCAUAACGAAUGUCUGACGAGAGGG